AUGGCCUCGUCCACGGACGCCACGCGGUCCUGGGACGGGCACAGCCCGGUGGCCGCGGGGCCCGGCGUCCCGUGGAGCAGGCAGUGUGGGGGCGCGGGCAGUCACGUCGCCCAUGCUGAGCCUGAGCUCACGCGGCUGGCGCCGGGGCGUCAACGCCUGCCCCUGGAGGCGGUGGACCUGCUCAGCAGCGCGCCAGCAGUCGGGGCCCUGAGGGUGGGUCUGUCUCUGCGGCACACGCAGAUCCUCGACCUCAAGGUCAAGGCCAGAGACAGCAGUGUGGGGGCGCGGGCAGUCACGUCGCCCAUGCUGAGCCUGAGCUCACGCGGCUGGCGCCGGGGCGUCAACGUGCUAGGCCGUCAGCGGGAGCACAGCGGUGACGCGCCCCAUCGGGGACGGAAGCGCCUUUCCCUUGAACGGGCCCGGCCUGACCGCCGCCCCCGCAGGUGCAGACAGGUGCCCCCCUCGGACGGGCUGCCGCAGAUAUCCGUGGUCUUCAUCUUUGUCAACGAGGCGCUCUCGGUCAUCCUGCGCUCCGUCCACAGCCUGGUCAACCACACGCCCUCCCCGCUGCUCAAGGAGGUCAUCCUGGUGGACGACAACAGCGACAACGCGGAGCUCAAGUUCAACCUGGACCAGUACGUCAGCAAGCGGUACCCGGGCCUGGUGAAGGUCGUCCGGAACAGCCGGCGGGAGGGCCUGACCCGGGCGCGGCUGCAGGGCUGGAAGGUGGCCACGGCGCCCGUCGUCGGCUUCUUCGACGCCCACGUGGAGUUCGGCACCGGCUGGGCCGAGCCCGCCCUGGAGCGGAUCCAGGAGGACCGCCGGCGCGUGGUCCUGCCGGCCAUCGACAACAUCCGGUUCGACACAUUCGAGGUGCAGCAGUACGCCAGCGCGGCCCACGGCUACAGCUGGGGGCUGUGGUGCAUGUACAUCGCCCCGCCCCAGGACUGGCUGGACCGCGGGGACGAGGCCGCGCCCAUCAGCCAGGCCGAGGGGUCCACCUGGAAUGCACAUGCAUCUCCAGCCUUCGCCCGGUCCCCGGACAGGUUCGGGAUUUCAGGGGCUGGGGCUGGGGGCCCCUCCCGCCUCAUCUGUGCAACCCGGUGUCCCUGCCAGACCCUGCUGGAACAGCCCACCUCACCUGGAGUGACCGAACCGCCCACCCUGCGCCUUCGAGAGCUCUCCCCGCCUUGGAGGGCCUUAUGGGCUUCCCAGGCUCCUGCCGUCCGGCGGCGCAGAGCCAUUCGGCGACAAGAUGAGCCUCGGAGCAGCCGGGCCGUCGGGCAGGGCAGCCGGUGGGCACCGUGCGACUCCACCAACUGGACAGGUCGGACCUUUGACCCGCGGAAGGACGAUCACUUCUCCGUGCCUGUUUUCUUGGACGGCGAUGAGCAUAACUCCGAGCUCCCGGCCACCGGAGCAGACCGUGACCUCGGCGAGGGUCGUGGAGCGGAGCAGUGCGCGGCCCGCACGGCUGCCCGCUGCAGCGCCGAGCGCUCGCACACGGACGGGACACCGGACACCGCGGCGACGAAGAACCCCGGGGUGGACUUCGGGGACGUAUCCGAGCGGCUGGCCCUGCGCCAGAGGCUGAAAUGCCGCAGCUUCAAGUGGUACCUGGAGAACGUGUACCCCGAGAUGAGGACCUACAACGACACCCUCACGUACGGAGAGGUGAGAAACAGCAAAGCCAGCGGCUACUGCUUGGACCAGGGAGCCGAGGACGAUGACCGAGCAAUCCUCUAUCCCUGCCACGGGAUGUCCUCACAGCUGGUGCGCUACAGUGCCGAGGGCCUGCUGCAGCUGGGCCCCCUGGGCUCCACCACCUUCCUGCCCGACUCCAAGUGCCUGGUGGACGACGGCAGGGCCCGCACGCCCGCCCUGAAGAAGUGCGAGGACGUGACGCGGCCGGCGCAGCGGCUGUGGGACUUCGCCCAGAGCGGCCCCAUCGUGAGCCGAGACACCGGCCGGUGCCUGGAGGUGGAGCUGUCCAAGGACGCCAGCUUCGGGCUGCGGCUGGUGCUGCAGAGGUGCUCGGGGCAGCGGUGGACCAUCAGGAACUGGAUCGAGCGUGGGCGGCACUGACCCCCGCCCCUUCCCCAGCACGGACCCCAGGCCUGGGG